ACAUUUGCGAUUAUUUCAAAUUAUAAACUGUUGAUUGUUGACUAAUAGAUAAAUCCCUCUCAUCAUUAGAAGCGAAUUUUAUUAAUGGACUGCAUCACAUGAUGACAAAUUAUAUCCUUUUGAUAACCAGCUGAUAACGAAUUCAGUAAAUACAAUUACCCAAAUGCAACUUUAGGAUGAGUAUCGGCCUGCUGUACGCUGCCAUUGUAAUUGGAUGUUUGGGAAUACUGUAUUCGCCAAUAUGUCUGGCUUCUUCUGUGUUUUCGCUUUUAAAUAUUUGUAUGGUAGGUGUCGGUAUUUGUGGUAUCGUGUGGAUACACGUACUGGUUUCUUCACCACAUAAAACCGGAAUGGGAAUAGAAGGCGUACAAAAGGAUCUGGAGAAAUUUAGUAAUAAGCUUAUGAAUAACUUCGAAUCGGUGUACUCAGCUAAAACCCCACAGAAUCAUUUGCCUGUGAUUUUUGGUCGUACAAUUGACAGUUUGUUGCAGCAGCUAUUAGAUUAUAUUAUGAGAGACUUCGUUUUUAUAUACUUGAAAGAUUACGCCUAUGAACCCAAUGUUAUAAAUGACAACAUGAAGGAGGACGUGUGGAGUGCAAUUCAUAAUUUAUACCAAAGAUUAUCAAGGACAGACCAUGUGAAACUGAUAGCCUGUGAUUUAGUCAAUAAGAUCACGAAUCACUUUGAAAAGAUUCGUGAUGCAAAACUGUUAAUUGCUGAAAGCAAUCACCCUCCAUUGUUUACACUUGCACCGCAUCUCGUCUCUUAUAAUAAGGAGUUGGAGUACUUGCAGAAUGUUAGCGAAGUGUUAAUUAUGUUUUUAUUUCCUCGCAGCUACUCACUGUCACCUGCUAAGUAUUUUUUACGUGAAGUACUUGCUUGUAAAGUGUUCUUCCCCUUCGUUGAUCAUAUUACCGACCCUGAUUACUUCAAUCAGAAGGUGAUUAUUUACAUUGAGGCACAGAAAGUUGCAGCUGCUAUGCAUCGGCGUACCUUUGAGUACGCAAAUAGCUUUGAAGAGUUUUUAAAAAUGGUACAAAGGACUAAUGACAUUGAGAUGUUAAAAAGUAUCAGGUAUGACAUUGUCACGAAGAUAAUGCAAGCGACAACACUGCAAAACAUAAAUCGAGCACGAGGAGUGGAUGCCGAUUUAGAAAAGACGAUAUCUUCCAACAUAAACAAAUCCGAAUUAAACGCGGCGAAAAAGUUAAAACGUUACAUUAACCAAUUAACUUACGCCAAACUUCAGCUGGAGAAGCGAUUGGCGAAUCUCGGAUGGGACAUAAACUUUCAAAUGCAGAACGACGUCGAUAAGAUUUUACCACUGUCGUCAAUUUUAGAACAUCUGUUAGGUCGCAAAUACUUAUCGCAGUUUUUGGAAACUGUGGCUAGUCAAGGUCUGAUAGGAUAUUGGUCGGCAGUUGAGGAAUUGCGAACUGCCCCAAGGAAAAAUAGGCAUCAGUUGGGAGCAGAAAUAUUUUAUACUUUUAUAAGAAAUCCUACGGGAGAGAUAAAGGUUGAUAAAACCACGCGGAAACGGAUGGAAGCAUUUCUCCUAGGUGAUAAAGGACCAGAUGUCUUCUACGAGGUACAGCAACAAGUCGUGCAAACCUUGGAAGAUAAAUACUACCAACCUUUUAUCAUUAGUAGAUUUUAUAAAGAAAUGAUCGCCGCCAUUAUGGACGAAGACAAUAUUACUGAAACUGAUUCCGGCGGUACCAUCGAAGAGAGGCAGCUUUCGGGGGAAUCGGCUUCAAGUUUGGAAAGCUCGUUGCAUGUCGGCGACCAUUCCAAUUACGCGAAAAGAAAACUGGACCAACUGCAAGAGAAGCUAAAUAAUAAAAUGCAGGCUUUACAGGCGUUGCGGUCGUCGUUAAAACCGGAAUCUCGCGUUCUUAAGAUUUUGGAGAAGGAGGUCGAGUGGUUGGAAGGUGAAAAACGGCAGGUUGAAGCUCAUAUUAGUAGGACCGAGACGUGGGGUGAAAAUUUGGGGAAGUGGAGGGCUAUUGUGCAAAGUGCAGAUAUUGGUGACGAAAAAGAGCCUCCGCAAUUUGUUAUUGUUGUUCAUAUGGUGGAAAAUGAAAGUAUCGAAGGUGAGGAGGGUAUCAGCACCGGUUGGGUUGUUUCACGAACACUUAGUCAGUUUCAAGAAUUACACAGGAAGUUACGUCCUUUGUGUUCCAAUAUUAAAAAUGUCGAACUACCCUCGCAGCCUUUUAAGUUUUUAUUUGGCAAGUCUGAUAAAAUGUUACUUGAAAAGGCGAAAGUACAAAUUCAGAAGUACUUGGAGUUCGUGUUAGAAGAUGAUCGUUUGAAUCAAAGUGAAGCAAUUUACUCGUUCCUAAGUCCUAGCUCUGAGCAUCUCAAGCAUUCCACUCCUUCUCCAAAAAAAUCAAAAUUCUCAUUCUCGACACUAUUUAAGGGCAACAGCAGUGAGCAGGGUUCGAGAGAUAGCCAAACUACUUCUCGGCAAAGCGAAGAUGACAAUAUUUCGCAAUGUCUCGACGCUCCCGGUGGCGGCGGCGACGCUGAUUAUUCCAAAUUUAACGGAAACUCCGCCAGGUUUUUAGACGAUAAUAAAGAUACGAUCGCCGAGCCAAUUUACUCCUUAAUGAGCGAGAUUUUCGAUAUGCGAGGAGUUUUCAAAUAUUUGCGAAAGACGCUAAUUGCAUUCGUUCAGGUCACUUACGGAAGAACGAUAAAUAGACAAAUAAGGGACACGAUAGCGUGGUGCUUCUCCGAACAGAUGCUACACUAUUACAUUACAUUAAUAAUUAAGAGCUGGUGGCCGUCGGGUACGCUGGUAAAACCUUCACCCGAAAGGGCGGUACAGGUUAAAAUGCAAACAAAAAAUGACGCCAGGAAGGAGUUUAAUGCGAAUGUUCCAGAAAUAUUAAAUACUCUCGUCGGAACUAGUGCAGCUAAGUUAGGUGCUAACAAAGUUUUUGAUACUCUUCAAAUUAAGACGAUGAAUAAGCAGCUUUUCUAUGAACUUUUGGAAGUCACUCUAAAUGAAGUGUUUCCAGAAUUGAAAAUCCAAGACAACUAAUGUAAUAUUGGAAAUUCUACUACAGUCUGCCAAUAUAACUUAUUUUUACACUAACUUUAAUAUACUAAGACUGGUUAUUUUUAUAAUCUUCUCAUACCAUUCCAUUGAUAGUUACCAAAUUCGUGUGUUAACACGCACUUCCAAUCAUAAAUUGAUGUUCUAAGAUAUUUUUUAAUUUGCUUAUAUAAAAUUUACCACACUAAAACAACGAUAUGAUUGUAAGUAUUAAAUAGGAUUAAUAUCAGUACUGUAAAAUAAAUGAAUGUGACCUAUGUGUAUUUGAUAGGCAGUUGGUACUUAUGUACAUAAUCAUUUUUUUACAUUUUUAUGUAUUUUGCAAUUCAUUUUUUCAUAUUUUUGUAUAAACAUUUGAUAAUUUACAUAUCAAAUAAGAGCCUAACAUCGCAAAACAUAAAGCAAUAUAGAAGAAAAUAAAUUGCUCACAUGUUCAGCUAUAAAAUCAUAUUGAAAGAAAUGGGAAUAUUUGAUAGUGAAAAUGUAUUAUUAAUAUUUACUUAUUUUUGAAAAGUAGUGUAGUGUUUAGUUUAACCAUUCAUGGUAUUUUACAGUACUUUUUGAUAUUUUUAACAAUCCUAAUUGUGAUUAACAGAAGUCUAUUUUGCUGCCUGUCCAUCCUCUAUUUUUUUUAUUUAUCACUCGUUUAUUGUUAGGAAAUUUUAUGGAUACAGACAGUUUAAGUAGAGUAGUAUUGUAUAUUAAAUAUGCGCUUAUAUGAUUGUAUUAUUUUUUUUGUGAUUAUUACAAAAUUAUUAAUGAUCUAUGUUGUAAAUGUAGAUUGUAUGAACCAAUUUUUAUUAUAGACCCUAUUUUAUGAAAUAAAGAUUUUAUGUCUGCUUUAAUUUUUGCAACUGCUUACUUUUGUUACUGGCUACUCAAAAACAUCCUCACGGAGUUAUUAAUGUAGCGAAUAUUCUAGAAAUCCUUAUAGACAUUCAGG